GGGAAUCCUUUCUGAUGUGGAGGACUGAGUUACCGAAGUUGGACAGAAUACUGAGGGAAAUACAGGAACUCGGUCCUGAUCCACAGGAAUACAUGAACAUCGGCCAAGGUUUAUCGGAAUUACCCACUCAGAAUGAUAGAUGUCCAACAGAAACACAAGGAGACUCUGCGGACACGAACUGAAACACUGAGAGUGAACACGAUCCUGAUGACGGAGAAGGUGAAGGUUUUCCAGCUGGCUGAUCGAUACGCUGAGCUCACGGUCAUUUCUACUGUUCGAGAUCGGACACUGGUGGAACAUGAGCUGCUGGCAAGAGGCAGAGACCAUGAGCAUUAUAGAGAGAAACAACUCCGCAGUCAGCUGGAAAAAAUCCGUACUGAUCAGUUAUUCCAGAGCAGCUUUUCCCGGAGUAAAUCCAAAUCUGGGAGUUCAGCAGCAGUGGCCGGAGUCCCGGGGAUCGGGAAAACAACGAUGGUACAAAAGAUUGUUUAUGACUGGGCCAUGGGGAAAAUAUACCAACAGUUCCAGUUUGUCUUCAGUUUCAAAUUCCGAGAUUUAAACAGUAUUGACAGUCGAAUAAACCUGAAGGAACUGAUUGUGGAUCAGUAUUCUUACUUUGGGAAUUUCUUGAGAGAGGUGUGGAAGAAUCCAGAAGGAUUACUGUUUAUAUUCGAUGGUUUGGAUGAAUUCAAACACAAAAUCGAUUUUGCGGACAGUCGGAGAGAUACAGAACCAAAGCACCAGUGCCCAGAUCCCGAGUGGAGGUGUGAAGUGUCUGACAUUGUGUACAGUUUAAUCCAGGGCAAGCUGCUCCCAGGGUGUUCAGUGCUGGUGACCACCCGCCCCACUGCGUUACAUUUAUUGGAAAAGGCGGAUAUCAGUGUCCGGGCUGAAAUCCUGGGAUUCGUUGAUGAGGAACGGAAGGAAUAUUUCAUCAGACAUUUUGAACAUCAGACGGUGGCGGAAGCUGUUUUCAAUUAUGUGAAGGAGAACGAGAUCCUGUACACCAUGACCUACAACCCCUCCUACUGCUGGAUCCUCGCUCUGACACUGCGCCCCUUCUUCACACAAAGAGUCAGGGACCCACAGCGAGUUCCCAAGACCAUCACCCAACUGUACUCCUACUAUAUUUACAACAUCCUGAAAAACCACGGCCGUGAGAUUGAGAGACCCCGUGAUGUGUUACUCAGGGUUGGUCAAAUGGCCUUCAGAGGAGUGUCCGAGAAGAAGAUUGUGUUUACAGAUGGAGAUUUGAUCAAGUACAAUCUUCAGCCUUCCCAGUUCCUGUCCGGGUUCCUGAUGGAGCUUUUGGAGAGAGAGGAUUCUGCCCAAAGCGUGGUGUACACAUUCCCACACCUCACCAUCCAAGAGUUUGUAGCUGCAGUCGCACAAUUCCUGAAUCCACAUCCCGGGGAUAUCCUGAAAUUCCUCACUGAAACCCACAACAUGACAGAUGGGCGAUUUGAGGUAUUUCUCCGUUUUGUUGCUGGUCUUUCCUCCCCAAUGACAGCUCGGGGCCUGGUGGAGUUUCUGGGUCCAUUUCCUCAUGAAACAACCUGCCGGGUGAUUGACUGGGUGAAGGAGGAGGUUAAACGUCAGAUUGGAAACACAGGGAGUGAAGCUGGUAAAAGGAGCCUCCUGAACACAUUGCACUACCUGUUUGAGUCUCAGAAUCGUGGACUGGCUCAGGAAACACUGGGAUCUGUGGAAACACUUUCAUUCCGUGGAAUGACACUGACCCCGAUUGACUGCGCGGUCCUGUCUCAUGUCAUCGGACUCUGUGAUACAAUAAAACACCUCGACCUGGGGAACUGCCACAUUCAGUGUGAGGGAAUCCAGCGGCUGGGACCCGGGCUGCACAAGUGUCAGGAGUUGAGACUGAACAAUAAUGAACUGGGGGAUUCAGGAGUGAAACUGGUGUCUGCGGCUCUGAGGAACCCGGAGUGUAAAAUACAGAGACUGGGGCUGGGGGAUGUCGGUCUCACAGAUUCUGGUGCCGAGGAUCUCGUCUCCGCUCUCAGUACAAACCCAUCACUGACGGUGCUGAACCUGAGUGGUAAUGAACUGGGGGAUUCAGGAGUGAAACUGGUGUCUGCGGCUCUGAGGAACCCGGAGUGUAAAAUACAGACACUGGAGCUGUACGAUGUCGGUCUCACAGAUUCUGGUGCCGAGGAUCUCGUCUCCACUCUCAGUACAAACACUUCAGUGACGGGGCUGGACCUGGGAUACAACUCUCUGACAGACCGAUCUGUCCCCGCUCUCCGCCGCCUCAUACUGACCCUCCCGAGUCUGGAGCUGAUCCGGCUGGGGUGGAAUCGGUUCAGUGAGACCGGGAGGAAGGAACUGAGAUCUCUACAGGAACCCAGACCCGAACUGAGAGUGGAUCUGUGAACAUCUGAAUGUGGUGAAUCGGUUCAGUGAGACCGGGGGAAGGAACUGAGAUCUCUACAGGAACCCAGACCCGAACUGAGAGUGGAUCUGUGAACAUCUGAAUGUGGUGAAUCGGUUCAGUGAGACCGGGGAGAAGGAACUGAGAUCUCUACAGGAACCCAGACCCGGACUGAGAGUGGAUCUGUGAACAUCUGAAUGUGGUGAAUCGGUUCAGUGAGACCGGGAUGAAGGAACUGAGAUCUCUACAGGAACCCAGACCCGGACUGAUGGUGGAUCUGUGAACAUCUGAAUGUGGGGAAUCGGUUCAGUGAGACCGGGAUGAAGGAACUGAGAUCUCUACAGGGACCCAGACCCGGACUGAUGGUGGAUCUGUGAACAUCUGAAUGUGGGGAAUCGGUUCAGUGAGACCGGGAUGAAGGAACUGAGAUCUCUACAGGAACCCAGACCCGAACUGAGAGUGGAUAUGUGAACAUCUGAAUGUGGUGAAUCGGUUCAGUGAGACCGGGGGGAAGGAACUGAGAUCUCUACAGGAACCCAGACCCGGACUGAUGGUGGAUCUGAACAUCUGAAUGUGGAGAAUCGGUUCAGUGAGACCGGGAUGAAGGAACUGAGAUCUCUACAGGAACCCAGACCCGGACUGAGAGUGGAUCUGUGAACAUCUGAAUGUGGUGAAUCGGUUCAGUGAGACCGGGAUGAAGGAACUGAGAUCUCUACAGGAACCCAGACCCGGACUGAUGGUGGAUCUGUGAACAUCUGAAUGUGGUGAAUCGGUUCAGUGAGACCGGGAUGAAGGAACUGAGAUCUCUACAGGAACCCAGACCCGGACUGAGAGUGGAUCUGUGAACAUCUGAAUGUGGGGAAUCGGUUCAGUGAGACCGGGAUGAAGGAACUGAGAUCUCUACAGGAACCCAGACCCGGACUGAUGGUGGAUCUGUGAACAUCUGAAUGUGGUGAAUCGGUUCAGUGAGACCGGGGGGAAGGAACUGAGAUCUCUACAGGAACCCAGACCCGGACUGAGAGUGGAUCUGUGAACAUCUGAAUGUGGGGAAUCGGUUCAGUGAGACCGGGGGGAAGGAACUGAGAUCUCUACAGGAACCCAGACCCGGACUGAGAGUGGAUCUGUGAACAUCUGAAUGUGGUGAAUCGGUUCAGUGAGACUGGGGAGGAAGGAACUGAGAUCUCUACAAGAACCCAGACCCGGACUGAUGGUGGAUCUGUGAACAUUUAGCCUUUAACCUUUAUCUUACCUGGAACCCAGACCCGGACUGAUGGUGGAUCUGAAUGUGUGAACAUCCCCGCCCGCGGGGUGGGGACAUUUGGCCGACUCCCCGCCCUCCCCUUUAACUCCCGCCCUUACCUUUAACGGCCGCGCGCCGGGGCUGAUUCCCAACGGUUUUAACGGAACCGGCUCGGGCCUCGCGCUGUGUGCGUCGCUCGCAGCGGUCCCGCAGUGACGUGUUUCCGCCUGUUGUCCGGCGGGGCAGCUUCCGCCGGAAGUGCGUGUUGGAGACUCCCCACGUGGCACCCCGGGGAAUUACCCGGACAGGAAGAGCCCGGGGUCCGGGGCUCAGUCUGGGACACCGGUGUCCCGGGUUGGGGGGGAUGGUCCCGGGAGAGAAUCCUUUUGCCCCCUUUGCUGAGGACGGAGCAUUCGGCAGCCUGGCCGAUAUAAUGAUGUUAAAUGGACAAAUCCAUCGGCAGUGACCCUGGAUCUGCAGCGAUCCCGGACACGGCCCUGAAAUGUGAUUUUAUAAUCAGUUUUAUAAUUUUAUAAUCAGUUCCCCGAUGCAGAGUGACGGUGAGCAACGGGACUGGUUAUUAUUCAACCGGUCACCCCUUGUCGCCGGUCAGUUAAUUGUGUGUGACUGUCAGCAGAAUAUUUAUUACCGCACGUUAGCAGCUCACACAUUGUUUCAUUGAUAUAUCUCAUAAAAAAUCAAUAAACCACUGUAUCUUCC